AUGGGCGCCUCCUCGUUGAGGAGGCAGCUCCGUGCUGCCGCUUCUUUUCUUCUGCGCCCUCUUCUCCUUGCCAUCUUUCUUACUGUGACAGUGCGCUUGCUCUUCUCUCCAUUCAUUAAGUCUAACCAACCUCGCUACACCAAAGCCCUUGUGGUUGCGUCUACAUCCGCCGAUGACACCUCCUGGCUCUCGUUCGUGCCGUACGACUGGGCCUUACACAAGUACGUCGUCGAUGCACCACCUGCGUCGCCCGCCCUCUCCGUGCCCGCGAACAAGGGCAACGAAGCCAUGGUGUAUCUAAGCUACAUCAUCAUGCACUACGACGCCCUGCCCGACGUCGUCUUCUUCCACCACGCGCACCACAGAGCCUGGCACCAGGAGCUCGACAGCGCCGCCGAGGUCGCCAGCCUGCGCGCCUCGUACGUCGUGCAGCAGGGCUACGCAUCGGCGCGUUGCCUCCCCGGAUGCGAGAACGUGGUGCCGCUCGCCGACCACCGCGUCGAGCUGCGCGAGUUCAGGGCCGCCGGGCGCAGUGUCCACCUGACGACACUGCUGGAUGAGUUCUUGAGCGCGGAGGAGAAGAGCCAGGCCGUCCCUGAGAAGCUGGCGGCGCCGUGUUGCGCGCAGUUUGCUGUCAGCCGAGAGGCCAUACGGCGGCGGAGUAGGGAGUGGUGGCUGAGGCUGCGCGACUGGCUGCUGGAGACGCCGCUGGAUAGCAGGACGAGCGGGAGGCUACUGGAGCAUCUGUGGCAUGUCUGGUUUGGGCAGCCAUUUCAUCAGUAUGUCUAUUUUCCCCGUUGGUGA